AUGAAAUAUUUAUUAUCAAUUCUAAAACGAACAUCAAUAAAUCGAAUACAAUAUUAUCGUUCGUUAUCAUCUGCGGUAAAUAAUUAUAAUCAAUUACCAACAACAUGUGAUCCACAAUCAGAUGUUUAUAAGAGUAAUUAUGCAGCCAUGACUAAAACUGUAAAUGAAUUAAAAACUGUUGCAAAACGUAUUACUCUUGGCGGUAAUGAAGAAGCUCGGAAACGUCAUACAUCAAAAAAUAAAUUAUUGGCGAGAGAUCGUAUUGAUAAAUUAGUUGAUCCAAAUACACCAUUCCUUGAGCUCUCACAAUUAGCUGGACAUUUAUUAUAUGAUGGUGAAGAGGUUCCUGCUGCUGGUAUUAUUACUGGAAUUGGACAAGUUGAAGGACGAGAAUGUAUAAUCAUAGCGAAUGAUGCAACUGUUAAAGGUGGUUCAUUUUAUCCAAUAACAAUAAAAAAACAAUUACGUGCUCAAGAAAUAGCAAGAGAAAAUCGAUUACCAUGCAUUUAUCUUGUUGAUAGUGGAGGUGCUAAUUUACCUCGUCAAGCAGAUGUAUUUCCCGAUAAAGAACAUUUUGGACGUACAUUUUACAAUCAAGCAACAAUGAGUGCUUUAGGCAUACCACAAAUUGCUGUUGUUAUGGGUAGUUGCACAGCUGGUGGUGCUUACGUUCCUUCUAUGGCUGAUCAAUCAAUCAUCGUUCGUAAACAAGGAACUAUAUUUCUUGCUGGUCCACCUUUAGUUAAAGCAGCUACCGGUGAAGUUGUAUCAGCAGAAGAUCUUGGUGGUGGUGAUCUUCAUUGUCGUCAAUCCGGUGUAACAGAUUAUAUUGCAAUGGAUGAUGCUCAUGCUUUGCAUUUAACAAGACGUAUUGUUUCAAAUCUCAAUUAUAAUAAAUCUCAACAAGUUGUUAUGAAACCAACUGUUGAACCUCUUUAUCCAGCAGAAGAAAUAUAUGGUAUAGUAGGUGAUAAUCUCAAGCAAGUAUAUGAUGUUCGAGAAGUUAUUGCUCGUAUUGUUGAUGGAAGUGAAUUUGAUGAAUUCAAACAAUUAUAUGGAGAAUCACUUGUUACUGGUUUUGCUCAUAUUCAUGGUUAUCCAGUUGGUAUUUUAGCUAAUAAUGGAGUUCUCUUCUCAGAAUCUGCUCUUAAAGGUGCACAUUUUAUUCAAUUAUGUUGUCAACAAAAAAUUCCAUUAUUAUUUUUACAAAAUAUUACCGGUUUUAUGGUUGGACGUGAAGCUGAAGCUGGUGGUAUUGCAAAAAAUGGAGCAAAAUUAGUCAAUGCUGUCGCUUGCGCUCAAGUACCAAAAAUAACUGUCCUUAUUGGAGGAAGUUACGGAGCAGGUAAUUACGGUAUGGCUGGACGAUCAUAUAGUCCAAGAUUUUUAUAUAUGUGGCCAAAUGCAAGAAUAUCAGUAAUGGGUGGUGAACAAGCCGCUCAAGUUCUUACACAAAUUACUGCUGAACAACGUAAAAGACAAGGCCAAAAAUUUACCAAAGAAGAAGAACAAGCAAUUCGUGACCCUAUUUUAAGUAAAUAUGAACAUGAAGGUUCACCAUAUUAUUCAUCAGCACGUCUUUGGGAUGAUGGUGUUAUUGAUCCAUUAGAUACACGACUUGUUUUAGCUCUUAGUCUUAGUGCGUCACUUAAUGCUCCUAUACCUGAAACACGUUUUGGUAUUUUCCGAAUGUAA